UUCCGCUCUCGAGAAUUCGCUUGCCUUCCGGUCGUUAUUCGAUAUUUUGUUAGGCUGUAUCAAAUUUCAUAAACGAUGAUGUGAUUGUAUCUACACAUAUUAUAUGGUACAUAUUUUCCUCGUCGAGCGCGACACUUAUUUUUUACAGAAUGAUCACAUUAUCCAAAAAAUUAAAACAAGAUGCAGAGAAGAAACAACCUAAAUAUCCUGCUGUAGAUGAUGGAAGGAGGGUUUCAAUACGAGAUAAAUUAUUGACAAAAGAAGUUCAAGAACUAGAGAUGGAUUUACCAGACAGCUGUAAGGUUCACUUUGAAGAUGUGAAUAAGUUAUCAUCUUUCAUGUUGAAAAUUGUGCCAGAAGAUGGUUACUGGGCAGGAGGGAUAUUUCAUUUCCAAAUAGAGGUACCAGAAGAAUACAACAUGCUGCCACCAAAAGUCAAAUGUAAAACUAAAAUAUGGCAUCCGAAUAUUGCAGAAAAUGGUGAUAUAUGCUUAAGUUUACUUAGGGAACACUCUUUAGAUGGUACUGGUUGGUCACCUGCAAGAAAAUUAAAAGAUAUCAUAUGGGGUCUCAAUUCUCUUUUCUUGGACCUUCUUAAUUUUGAUGAUCCUUUAAACAUUGAUGCUGCAGAACAUUUUUAUAGAGACAGAGCUGGUUUUAAAGCUAAAGUUAAUGAAUAUGUCAGGCGAUUUGCACAAAGAUGAUGCUAUUUUAUUUUGGUGUGAAGGAUUAUGGGUAUUUUAUCAGUCUUCUUGCGUAUGCAGUGAUGGAAAGUCAUUGUUCAAAAUGUGUUACAGUGACCGCUACUAAAAUUCAUUCUCUUAAUGACUUUUGAAUGGAAUUGAAGAUUAUAACAUCUAUUAUGAGUUAAUGUUAUUAGAAUACCAAAAUUGAGAAAAGAUUAGGGUUACCAAACAUUUUUUCAUGAAACGUGAGUUUGAAAGACCAAAAUUUCUUUAUCUUUUGUAUAAUUUAUAAUUAUUUCCAAAUUUGAAGUGCCAUGGGAUGAAUUUUGAAUGUGAAUGAAUUGAAUAUGAAUUUUGUUAAAAUGGACAUAUAAUUUAGAGUGUUCCCAAUGUGAAUACUUUCCAUUAUAUGCAAUGGGAUGGUCUCUCCCAUAAUGGAUUGCAUAUAUGUGCAGUAACGUGCUCAGUACUGCCAAUUUAGUACAGCCCUGAAGUACACAUGUACCACAUUUGAGAAAAGUAGAUUGCGUUGUGUGAAUAACGUGAACAUUUGCUUAUGGUGUUUCAUGGGUAUUCAACUUA